GCACAUCCCGAGUUUGUAUUCUCGUGCCAAUUGCCGUACUUUCACGAACAAUCUUCCCGCCCACUGUGAAAGAGUUACGAAAGAUACGGCAUAUAUACGCUGUCAUCUUUCUCAUUUGCUCGCGAAUCGUCGUACUACGUGUUACUCGGCGAAAAAUGUUGCUGCGUCAUAAAUUCGUGUUCAUUGCAAUUUUCUGUUUGGGAAUCUUAUCAGUAGUAUCUCAGACUACAACACGUCUAUUGUCAUCAAUGGCUCAGGCUCUACAAACUCACGAGGUAAUACCAGAUGUGGUCGACAAGGUACCUGCAGAUGUGUUGAGUGUAACAUAUCCCAACAACCUCACUGUUGAAAUUGGCAAGGUAUUUACUCCAACUCAGGUCAAGGAUCAGCCUACAGUCCAAUGGAACGGAGAUGCAAAUUUAUUUUAUACUUUAUGUAUGACCGAUCCCGAUGCUCCGAGCAGACAGAAUCCCAAGUUCCGUGAAUGGCAUCACUGGUUGGUAGGCAAUAUUCCUGGAUCAGAUGUAUCUAAAGGCGAGGUUUUGUCCGAGUACAUCGGGUCUGGACCUCCGGAAGGCACUGGUCUUCAUCGAUAUGUGUUUUUGUUGUACAAACAAUCUGGCAAGCUUACUUUUGAUGAGAAACGCCUAACUAAUCGAAGUGGCGAUAAUCGCGGUAAAUUUUCGAUUAGGAAGUUUGCUGCCAAAUAUAAACUCGGCGAUCCGAUCGCUGGUAAUAUGUAUCAGGCAGAGUAUGAUGAUUACGUACCGAUUCUUUAUAAACAGCUCGAAGGUUAAAACUUAUGUAUACGAUUUGCACGAUUUUGUACACCAUAAUAUAUAUACAUAUAUAUGUAUGCGUAAUACUAUAUCCAGCUAUUUGCGGACUAAAUAUGUAUCUGUCAUUUCUUUUAAUUAAAAUUAGGUCUUUGAUAUUUAGUAUAAAAGAAAGGGUUCUUUUACCAGGUGAAAUUGGUAUCAGUAUGAUUGUUUAAUCCAAGUGAACAAUAAAGAUUACUUAAAACUGGUGCACCGAA